GAUCCCAGACUCUCUUCUGUAACGACAAAAGUUGCAAAACACCCUCCCUCCAAACGUUUUCUCAGCUCGGGGUCACGUGACCGCGGUCCCUCCUCAACGGGCAGCGCUGAGUUGUAAGUUGUUAUUGUACCUGACAGCAGCCGCUCCGGUCCAGUCUCUGCCUCUCCCCCGCUGCAGACGCCGAUGGAGAACCUGAAGCACUUCUUGCUGGCUUUGUGUGCCGCCACCGCCGCCGGCUUUGUUUCCAUAAUCUUCGUCUUCAGAUGGGUUCUGUAUUUUAAGGAAGGUUUGGCCUGGGAUGGAGGGCUCGCCGAAUUCAACUGGCAUCCGGUAUUAACAGUCACUGGAUUUAUUUUCUUGCAGGGGAUAGCAAUAAUAGUCUACAGGCUCCCCUGGACCUGGCAGUGCAGCAAACUCAUGAUGAAGUUCAUUCAUGCAGGACUGAAUUUGUUAGCCUUCGUUUUUGCUGUUAUAGCCAUGGUGGCAGUUUUUGACUUCCACAAUGGUGCCAACAUUCCCAACAUGUACAGUCUGCACAGCUGGCUGGGCCUCACGGCUGUUAUACUGUACGGUCUGCAGCUUGUUCUUGGAGUUGGCAUGUACUUGAUACCAGUUACACCUGUGUCCUGGAGAGCAGCGUUUAUGCCUCUCCACGUCUACAGCGGUCUUUUACUUUUUACCAGUGUCAUAGCCGUGGCACUUAUGGGCAUCACAGAGAAACUCAUCUUUGGCCUGAAAGACCCAAAGUAUAAGGAUUCUCCCCCAGAGGCAAUUUUUGUGAACGUACUGGGAGUCCUCCUGGUGCUUUUUGGAGGUCUGAUUCUUUGGAUUGCCACUCGAACAUCUUGGAAACGCCCCAGUGACCAGAUCUUGCAUAGUCUGCAUACCAAUGGGGGAGGUGAGGACAACAGUAAAGUCGCUUCAGCACUGUCUCAACUGCCGGAUGGAUCUGAUGCUUACGGUGCUGGAGAUGCCAGGAAGAGGAGUAACAAAUUUGAUGAACAGGUUAACUGAUAGAAAAAGUAAAAAAAGAGUGGAUUAAUGUAUGUGCAACCAGUUUAAACGAACAAGGGAAAUCAAAAGGAACGCAUCAAAUUGUUACAUUCCUGUACCGCUCUUCGUUUCUUUUUAGUUUUCACUCUCGCACCUUAAAGUACUUCAUUUUGAUUUUUUUUUUCAUUUCUCCAGUGUUUAUGUAAGUGCAUGUAAAUAAUGGUGAGCUACUACUGUAUUAAGAUUACACAAUGAUUUAAAAAUAGGCAUACACUGCACAAUUUAAUCACUGCAGGUUUUCUAUACACUAAAUACUCUAUUGUAUUUUCUUAGUUUGAUACUGACAGUAUAUUUUAUAAUAAACAUUUGAUACAUAUAAAAUGUCUCCAUU